AUGUUCAAUCGGUUGCUCCUCAUUUCAUGUAUCUGCAUCGUCGUCGCGUUAAUCCUCUAUUUCUUCUACUGGAAUCGUUUCAUUGCAUUUCUCAUCUGUGCAAUCAUUCGCGUCAUAUACGGAAACCAAGAAGCUUCAAGCAGUUGGGUGGAAAUUGGGUCCAUCCACUUCUCGCUCUUAGCUGGUCGAAUUCUCGUCAAAGACUUUCGGUAUCACUCGAGCAAUCAAACCAUCAAGAUUGUGAAAGGACAGAUUCAGUGGAGGUAUUGGAUUCGCAGACCUACGACGGAAGCUGAGAUUGCUUCAACGCAGGGGGAGGAGUCGAAACAUACCGACCAGUCCUUGUCGUGUCGGGUUCAAAUAUCUUUCGAAGGUUUUGAAUGGUUCUUGUAUAACAGGACUGCUGCAUAUGACAGUAUCAUUGCACAAAUGGAGUCAACCAGUCGGCCUGGUUCGCGAGCUAGCGAGCGUCGUCGGUCGACGAAUAGGUUGCAUCGACAAGAAUCACCCUUCUACCCUCCAUCAGUCAUCAAGAGGUCGCUACGAAUUCCUGCCCCAAUACACAGAGCCCUUUCUUGGAUAAACCGUCAAUUACCUCACCUCGACCCAAAGGAUUUGUUGCCUCUUGGCGUAGAGCUGACUACCGGGGCAAUUAUCGUCGGUAACCCAUCGACUCCAAACUUGUUAAUAGCAGAGUUCCAUAGUGCCGAUGGAACGUUUGGCAUUGUUCCAUCUCGGUCAACCUUCGACUCGUACAAGCAGGUUCUUGCUCUCAAGUUCCAAACUGUGCUCGUGCGAUACGUUCAAAAUGAUGAAUAUGUGGAUCCUAUGGCUACCAUAGGUGCUCUUGUCGAUGGUAGAGUUACACGGUUUGUCGACAGUGUUUUCAUCUCUCGUUUGUUGACGCAUAUCCACAGGACCUCUGGUUUGCGACCAGCAUCCUCAUAUCAAGCCUAUCGCUCUUUUAUCAGAAUAUGGCGACAACUUGGCUUGUAUGACCUAACAAACAAAUAUUUUGCCACUCGGCGACAGCAACACAUUGCACACCAGACAAUCCAGUCGUCAACUCGUGGGGUUUUCAGAAAGUCGAAAAAGAAACUCGACGAGGAUACCCCCAUAGGCAUCGACUUUUCAACCUACGAAUACGCUGUUGAACGGAAAGUGCUUGAAUGCCCUGUUCUGGAGCUUUCAUACUACGUCGAUGUCGUCGGAGAGGUUCCUCCAUUGCCUCAUCAUGAACAAUUCUCACGGAGUGAUUUGAUCGACAUCGGGAACGGCGAUACCCCUCCCGAAUGGGGGUUGGACCUCGUGAUACAUGGAGGUUUUCUAAAGUAUGGACCUUGGGCAGAUCGACAGAGAGUGGAGUUGCAAAGAGCAUUCUUUCCGCCGGCAUACCAAAAUGCGGAACUUUCUCCCCGUCUCAAGCCGGGCGAUAAGAGGAUGUGGACCGCAUUGCAAGUUUUUGUUGAACUUCGUGAUUUAACAACUCUCCACAUUCCCUUUCGUGAGGCAUCCAAGGAUUGGAUCUGGGAUGGGAAAGUGCCAGGUCUGCAAAGACCCCGGAAACGAGAACAUGCCUCUAUAAAUGUUGCCGUGGGAGAUCGUUCCUCCAUCAACUAUAUAAUGCCAAUGGUGGCAGGCUCUGCUGGAUACGAGCCAACUCUUGAGGUUCACUUGGACACUGUUGCUAUCACCUCCAGCUUGAAUGAUAUUCGGCUUGUCUCCGCUGAAUCAUGCAGAGUUCGCUGCGAACUUCCCUCGCCUCUCAGGUGGAAUCAAGAACGAACGUGGGAUAUCGCAGUAUUUCUGCGGCAACCUGUCCUUUAUCUUCUUCGAGACCACAUUAAUAUGUUCACUGACCUCGGGAAGGAUUGGACCUCUGGACCACCCACAGAUUACCAAAAGUUUGUCCCUAUGAUUUAUCGCUUUAAACUCGAGAUGCACCACUACGAACUUAAUUUAUACGCUAACGACCAAAAUAUUAUCGAUAAACCACUUCUUAGAGAUGAAAACGCCUUGGUUGUCGUUCACGGGCCGCACCUCAAACUCGAGGCUACUAUACCCUCUAAUACCUUUCGGCCCGAGGCUACAACCAUCUCCUUUACUGUUGACGCCAAUGACACGAACGUUGAUAUAUCGUUACCCCGCUGGAACACGCACGCCCUGCAUGCUACAAAGGAAGGGCAUAGCUUGCUCAAGGCUGGGAAGCUAUCUGUUCAAGGAUCAUAUCAUUAUUUUGCUGAAGCACGAGAAGAGCACGUGGAACAAUUAAAAGUGGCAGUGAAUCUUCAAGAUGCUGCUUAUAAGGCGGUUGGGUGGUCCGUCCGCAUUUUCAUGGUUUUACGGGACAACUACUUCGGAUCUUUCACUCACUUUUCCACAUUGUAUGAAUAUCUUGACAAGCGCAAACGAAAUCUGCCUCACGGCGACCCCAUAAUGUUGAAGUAUCGGGAAGGAAAGUCAAACAUGCUACAAGUUGAGGUGGCAUUGAAUGCGGCGCGAUGUACUACUCUAGUGCCAACAAGUCUCCUUGGAACUCAAGCCGUUAACUUUGGACCACAAAAAUUGCUGGAUGAGACCACCAGCUCUGGUACCUGUUUGGUCUUGGCCAUCCCCGAAAUCCAAUUGCAACUCCGACUACAUGACCAUUACAUGGAGAUGUCUUUGAAUCUUGACACUGUUCGCGGAUAUAUCAACCUUAACACUCCGGGAAGGGUCACGUACGCACCACCUCAGCUCGGGACUAAAGAGAUAAUUUUAAUCGAUGGUAUCGAUGUCGUCGCAAAUCGCUUGUUCGGACCUCCACCCAAAACGUCUACUUAUGUGUGUGUGUGGGAGAUACAGCUAGGCAGUGUGAAAGCAUCUUUAUCAGCGUCCGAUGCAAUACUUCUUGCUGCUGCUGGAAAUUUUUUCCGCUUGAAUUUCGUGGACAUAGUCAAUGCACCUGCGAGCGAGUUCGUUCAUCCUUUGGACCCAGAUAUCACAUUCUAUAAGGUCACUGUUGCUGCCAUUGAAUUGACUUGGCGGGCGGGUGACGCUGCAUUGGUGGUAUCUCUUCCAGAAGGCGUCAAGGUCGACUCGAAUGAUUUGGGUACUCAUCAAUAUAAAAGGGUCAUAAGCCUUCGAGCUCCGCAAAUUUGUUUCAAAGUUCUCUUCAUGGUAUCUUCGGAACGCAGCACCUGGCUGGAAGCAGCUGAAUUUGUUGCUGAUGCAUAUGCCGAUAUUUACCUCGCCCCAAAAGGACAUCACGAAAUGACUCUGGCGCAGGUGGCUUUUGUUGAAGAACAAGAUAAGUUGACAGGUCGAGCAAGGCGAACUUUUGGUGGAUUAGGGAAUCGCUUCGCUGGAUCAAGUCAUAUAACGCAUAAGAACGAUGUCUUUUUGCCUCAACCCUUCCUUCCAAGCCGCGCAAGACAGUUGCAGGAGAGGCAUGUACCCCGUCCCCAGCAACAACUCAGGAAAGACCGUCCUUCGACAUGGCGACUUUCAGCCCUGAGUAAUUUGUCCGACUCUGAGGGCGAAGAGGGAGUGUCAGAAGCAGAUCGCGAUGCUCGCCUUGCGAGGAGCCGCACUUCAAAUCGUAUUUAUCGAUUCGGACAUGAAGGUGACAUGACUAGCGGCGACGAAUCAGACGACGCGGAUUUGACGGAUGCUGAUUCAAUGGGCAGUGAUUGGUCCGACAUUGCAGAUUCCCCCAUUAGAGACGCUAACAUGUCUCUGCUGAUGUACUAUUCUCAACUCACGAGGCACUACAUCCAAAACCGGUCACGAGCACCAAACUUGUGGGAAGGACCAGCGUUUGUCAUGUCACGGGAACGAGCUCCCCUGACCUCUUGCACAACACGUACUGACAAGGAACGGAGCUAUGAUCAUCAACUACCCUCUACCCCUUUUUCCGACCAACUCAAGGCGGACAGGACAGUCACAACUUUACGUUUUCGUACCCGAAGGAAGUUGGAACUUAGAGCAACACCUCUUGUCCUUCCUGCUUUCAUUUGCCUCGAGGAAGACAUCAAGAAAAUUCCUCCCGAUGCUGAGUUGUGCAUUGACUUGUUGAUCGCGAGCUACUUGAGUAGGGUGUCCUCGUUGAAAAACCCUGGAGAGUUGGUUCCUUGUUUUGUCGUCGACCUCGCUCUUUCAUCAACCAUCAUUCAUAUUCUCCAGCACGUUCCCAUGCCAGAAGAAGGACGCGUGCCGGUGGCCCGUGCCAUGGAAGGCAGCAAUUUCCCGACUAAACUCGAUAUUACUGCCGUUGUUGAGGUGACCCUUGAAGGUGUCGGGGUGGUUGGUGUUCUGGCGGAUAAGCUCCUUUCUCUGCAGGCGUCCUUCCAACGACUGUCCAUCCAUCUUGAUAUGUCGAUUGAUAAGCGCACCCUCCAGUCUACCCUCCUAGAUUCUACCAUCUUGGACUUGUCUCUUUCGAAUGUCGAAGUACACAAAUCUGGCGAGCUUCUGUCAUUGGCGGGUGAGAUUUCCACAACGAUUGGACAUCGAGGACCGGAAAUCGCUGCUGCGACUGCCAUCGCUCUGUCAACAACGGGAUCGCAAAUCGUUGCUGUCCUUCACGGCUCAAAGGAGCAGAAGGAAGCAACGAUCAGAAAUAUUAUCCACGGCAUCCUCAAAGUCUCUGAAAGCAAGCCAGUUCUUGAUCCUCUUUCGACCAUUCAGCCCUCCUACCUUGUUCAGAGUGGAAUUCCCCUCGAGUUACGUACUGUUCCAACAUUCAGAUUUCUAUAUCACCUUAGGAGUUGCGUUCUAAAUCUCGGAAAAGCGGAGCGCGAUCUCCUCUCUGUCGUUCCUAAUGCCAACGACACUGUGACCAAAGAGGUCCUUCUAGAGCUCUUGGAAAGCCGCUUAAAUACUUUGGACCAAGACCCAUACAAUCCUGAUCACAAGUCUGCUCUGGACAUAUUUCUGCCCAGUACACCAACAUCCGCCAAUGGAAAGGGUCAUCCUUUUGUGGAUCCUCCGUCGUCUAUUUCGCUACGGAUUGUGCAGACCAGCGUUAUCAUCUUUGAUCCGUCAGGCCAACUACCAAGCCAGUUCAACAUGACGAAUUUACACUUGAGCAUCCGCAGAGAUUGGACGGAGCUUUUACAGUUCACAUCUAAUAAACCCACCAGCAUGUCGCAAACGUCUUUGCGUGAAAAAGUUUCACGUUCAGUGAUGAUAACCUCCGCCGUCAUUUCUCUUGGGGAUGUUACUCUCACUGUUUUCCCCCAUUUAAUGCAUUUUGCCCAGCAUAUUUUGCGCGUUCGAAGGCAGCACGGCCUCGGCCUUGACAAUCAAACAUCCAUGCAAGAUACAUCCUCGUCCAUUAGAAACUCAAAAUUGACCAACUUCAACCUCAUUGUGGGGCUAAGACACCUUCGGGUGCAAGCUGCAGCUGAAAAUCUUGUCAUUGUCGUUGGUGUUGUCGGUCUGCAGUCUUCGUCUUCUUCGCUUGCUCAAAGUCGAAGUGACCAGUCAGUAAACAGCAGUAUUUUGUUUGAAGAGGUCUACGUUCAAGGACGAUCGCCUGCCAGCCCUACGCAAGAAUCCGAUCAAGACAUACUAGCGGCUGUGUCUGUAAUAAAAGGUCGAGGGAAUGGCGUCUCGCGGCAAGAGCUUUUGCCGUCAAGGGCAAAUUUACGCAUUGUGUUUUGCAUCGACCAGCUGAAACUUAACGUUCCUCGUAGUGCGCUUCGCUUGUAUCGUUUUGUCGAAGAGUGGAGAGCCGAUUUUCUGCCUGGCAUUGAAGCGACCGUGAACGCUCUCUUGGUGGAGUUGAAUUCGACGAAAUCAGUUUCUCCGGCAUUACCGCUGGUCUCCCCACCUCGCUCUGUCCUACAUCUCCACGGUCAACUUACACACUUUGAAAUUGCCCUACAGGUCAUGCACGGCACUUGGUUGUCCUUGGCAGCCAACAACACCAUUGGUUACACAUACUCAUCUUCCGCACCUGUAUCCGGCUCGACUCACAUGUUCGGGUGUCAAGUAGGAUCAAUAGUUAUCAAUGUCGCCUCAAAGCCAAACGCUCGAGACGUAGCACCAAGUUCCCGGGUCCAGCUUGUCCUUCCUCCCCUGUCUCUCGCAGGUCAAUAUGAUGGGUCCCGCGUUCAUGCACUUCUAUUGGCAGAACGCAUUGAAUUGAAGGUCAAGCCUUCCCAUUGGGAUACUCUACUGGCAGUUCAGCAGAAAUUUGGAAGUGAUUUCAACGAUCUCCUGCUUCUCAUGCAAAAGCCACGUCUCAAGAGUUCUGCUCCAUCUCCACGAAAGGGAUCUGGGGCCAAGCUGCAAUAUGGCGGCUUCGUAAAGCUCAAGGGCUUUCGGAUUGGCCUGGAGGGCAUGUCGUCAACUCUUUACCUUGAGUGUUCGGAUAUCGGGGGUGGUGCCAACAGUGCUGAAGGUUGGGCCUGGGAUAUUGGGCUCUCCGGGCUGAUGUUGUCGCUUGCUCCUCGACCGAUAGGGCGAGACUUAGUCUUGAGCGGAGAUCGUCGGUCAGCAUCUAUCACGAUUGAUUUUAAUAUUCAAUCCAGCAGUGGUGACCAUCGUCAAGUUGGGAGCCUUGGAAAAGCUCUUCAAAUUACUAUCACAAAAAUUCAUGCUGUCAUGCAACCAAGUUCAAUUGGUGAAGUCGGAGACUUUAUUGAUCAUCUUCAGGCCGAAAUGCUAGAGCAUCAAGAGAAGCGGGCUAUCGAACUAGCAGCAUUCAAAGAGAAGGCGAAAAAUAUUUUGAACACAUUCGAUGUUAAAGUUGGAGAUGUUCAACUGGAAGAAACCACCUCCUGGAUAAGCGAGUUUCUUGUCCACAUCACUAUCCAUAAUAUUGGUGUUGCUUUUCCACUUGCGCACGAUUUUGAUCUUGAGCUGCCGCACACAGGAAGUAGAGAUUCGGCUGCCGUGCGCGCUUUCUUAUUCUCUGUAAAAUCAAUCUCUUUCAGCGCCAACCGUGGUGAGACUGGACAAGCCAUCAUGGAGAGUCUAUCGUUCCAGUUUGUUUCGCGCUUUCGGCAAACAUUUCCCCAAGACUUUUCCGCAGAAAAACAUCAAACUCGAAAUCGUUUGAUUUACCCAGAAAUGCGAGCUCAGCUUAGGUCUACCAGCUCAGCAACUGCGCGAAAGGUUUGGAUAUCUGCCAAUGUAGACGGCUUUAUCCUGGAUAUUGACUCCACCAUUCCGGACUACGUUUUUUCUUUGAUUGAUGUCUAUCGGCAAGGAAGGGAGCGCGUUGAACGGUUGUCUGCUACUAUCCCUCUGUUACCAUUGAGUGCCACCCCUAUUGCCGAGGGUGUCAAACCGCUUGAAAGGCAUUAUACGGCUCUUCUGACCUCCAACGUUUUCGCAUCCCUCAUGUUCCGCAGUGGCAAGGUCAGAGUCUACAGUGGUUCUGCGACCAAGCAAUUCAGAAGUAGAACUCUUUCACGUACUGUGCAGGAGCUUUCCGACGAGCAGGUACUGGACCUAGGUGCCGAAGUCUUCAAUCUCCCCAUGGUUUCAGUUUGGGCUGAAUAUCGCGCAACUCCUGCCUCUCAUAAAAUCGUCUUUGAUCACGAACAGGAACCUUCCCUCCUGAUGUUCAAGACCACGGUACACUCGAGUCAAAAUACUCUACGACCUAAACUUCUUAUUUUCAUCACGGAAUUUGUCAGUGUCAUGGAAUCCCGGAUGGGGAAACUCAGCUCUGGUACUCAACCAGAACUUCAACCGACGCCACUGAUUUCAAACAUAAUUUCGCCACCGAGAGUCGAGGAAUCGGAGGUUAUGUCAAGCAUGCAAAUCAGCUUCAGUUUGCGCAUCGACCAGUCGAAGCUGGAACUUACCUGCCAACCCGAUGUGAAUGUUGUCGCCGGGUUACAUUGGGAGAGUGGAGGCUUCGUUCUCAACGUUGCUCCAGGUGCACGUAAGGUUUCGUUUACAGGCACUGUUGGAGGACUUACAGUCGGACUGAAACACGGGUUUCUGAGUGAAGAUUGUGUCAACCUUGAUGCAAGGAACCUCGCUUUUUCGUUAGCGUUCAACAAGACGGAAUCUGCGGCUGGUGAAUCGGUCAAUUUCUUGUCAGUCACCCUUGAUACCGAAUUUCUCGGAGGUGUGCGCUUCUCUCGUCUUCAAGACAUCUUGUGCUUCAAGGCUGUCUGGCUUGAUCGUAUUCCAGUGUUUAAUAAUUACUCGCCCACGGUUAGCAAGGUCAAUGUCAAUCCCACUGUUGAUGAACGACCAAAGAAUGGAUUUUCGACUGCAAUCCUUGUACGGAUACGUCAAAUCAGGCUUUCCAUAGAUCUUGGGAAAUCUAUCUCCACAGUGGUUCUAGAUUUAAACGACGCUGUCAUGCGUACAAAGCUCACCGAUGAGCUGUAUGAAGUCUUUAUGUUUGUCGGGGAGGUCUCACUUUCAUCCAAGGGAAAUCUCGCUGGCCAAGCACGGGUGACCACCUGCGUGUUCCAAACGAUCCGAAGGUUGGAAAAUGGGGCAUUUGACAACAGUGGCCACAGUCAAAUGUUGGAACUGAGAUUAACAAGUGGCGCGUUGAUCGCCGCGCUCGAGUCUGACCACCAUCAGCUUCUCCAUUAUCGUGCUGAACCGCUUGCAGUGGAGGUCUUUGAUAAUUGGUCGAUGACUUCUUUAGAAGCGAACCGUGACACACGUCCCCUACAUCUCGCAUUCACGGUAACAAGUCCAGAAGUCGUAGCCGUGGUCACUGUGGGCACGUUUCCGAAGCUGCUGUCGUAUAUGAAUAAGUUUAAGGCCAACCUUGACGCUCAGCGGGAAGGCGCUAGCCGAGAAUCAAGAACAUAUUGGGCGACUCGUGCGCCCAAACCGGAGAAUCCCUUAUCUGCCGUUGCAGAAGCCAUGCUGCACUCAGCUCGAAGUCGGUACAAGGAAGCUGAGUCGGGUCUUUCGUAUGUCAUCAAACAGCACAUGAGCCUUCGGCUUAAUCUCCUUCGAUUGGUCGUAUUUCCUCGUACAAUGCACGACGUCGAAAUCGCGCAGUUUAUUGGUCAAGACGUACAUGCACGGCUAGAUCGCAUCGUCACAUCAGACAACCAGCCUGCACAACGUGAUUUGCAUCUUUCUUUUUCAUCGAUGACAAUCUCGAAAUACACACAAGUCAACCACCUGGGUCUAGUCCCUCCUGACCCAGAGCAUGGUUUGGACGGGCGAGCAUGGCUUCAAGCGCUGUUUAAAGAUGCCGUUGAAGCUAUCAUUGUUGGAUUGCCAUCAAUGAAGAUGCACAUGGUCAGUGAAGAAACUGUGGAAGAACUCACAAGGAAUUUGGUGUACGACUUCAACAGCAAAUUUGUAAGACGGGAGGGCAUGCGAGCAUAUGAGGAUAUUUACAUCACACUCAAUAUGUCGCUCUACUCGUGGCUCACCGUCCUACGAAAGAAUUUGACAAGGGAGAUGGAUCAAAUACGGGCCACGGAGGAUUGGCGGACGAUGAGUGCUGCUGCUUCAAGCUCUCCUGGUGCAGCGAACCAGCGCAAAAAGGGCAUUCCGGAACCACUUUCUCUGACGGAGACUCCGAGAUCCGCGUCAACAUCAUCCACUGCUUUCUCGUUGUCUCCUACACUCGCCCCAGGCUCUGCGCAAUAUCUCUCAAUCGAGAGAGCCAGGACGGCUGUAUCUCCACGAGACCAGACUCCAAAAUCAACUUUUUUAUCUCCAUCUCAGUCUCCAAUACCAUUCCCGUCCAAGGUAGCUGAGGAGGUGCCAACAUCAUCUGGCCCACCAAAACGCUCAGGGAUUACAUACAAACCACGCGAUCGUCAUAUCGAACGACUAACCAUGCGUCAGCUUGGAGAGGCUACUCCUGACGUGAUGCAUCCAUUUUUCAUGAAAAAAGCCGGCUUCAAUCUUGAGGAUUCGUUACCGCAGUAUGUGCACGAAUACGCUUCGGGGCCGUUGGAAGAGAUUAUGGAAGUCUUAUUAAAGCUAUAUAGCCAGCAACUUUUGGUUGCGGCAGCGAAAGGUAUACCCAAUUCCGAGUCAUUGUAA